AUGCAGCUUAGGACGAAUCUGAUAGGCGGUGCCAAAUUAGCGGCCAUAGAACGUCGUCUACAGGACGAUAAAAUCCUCGAUACUCUCCGGUACCCUCAUAUCGCCCACGAUGACUUCACCCAGGCGUGCCUAGAGGGGACUAGGAUUGAUCUCACGGAGCGUAUCAUAACAUGGUGUCGCAACACUGGGGAGAGUGAGAACCGGCUAAUGCUACUGACCGGUGUGGCUGGUGCUGGCAAGACUUCAAUUGCACUCACGAUAGCAGAACAAUGUGCUAGUGAAAGGGACAUUGCGCUGUUACUGCACUUCUUCUUUAAAGCGGGAGAACGGUCCCGGCCCGAUUUUCUAUUCAGCGGCAUUGCUCGAACUUUAGCAGACCAUGACCCGGUUUACCGCACUCUCAUCAUCUCUGCUCUCCGAGAGGACCCUUCCCUCUCAACGGCCCUACUCGCAAAGCAAUUCGAGAAUUUGGUGGCUUUGCCUCUCCUCCAUAAACCUCCACCUCCCGACCGUCCCAUGGUGGUUAUCAUCGAUGCUUUAGAUGAAUGUGAC